AAGCGGAGAAAGGUGGUUCGACUCCCAACGACGGCCGACCAUGAGUACCAUGAAGUUUUGCCGUGAAUGCAACAACAUCCUGUACCCCAAGGAAGACAAGGAGCGGAAGGUCCUCCUCUUCGCUUGCCGCAAUUGCUACCACCAGGAGGUUGCUGACUAUAGUUGUGUCUACAGAAAUGAGGUACAUCAUACUGCAAGUGAACGCACUCAAGUCUUACAGGAUGUAGCAGCUGAUCCAACUCUUCCUCGUACAAAGGCAGUUAAAUGCAGCAAAUGCAAUCAUCCAGAAGCUGCUUUCUUCCAGGCUGCUAGCAGGGGAGAGGAAGGAAUGACAUUGUUUUUUGUCUGCUGCAACCCAAGCUGUGGCCAUAGGUGGAGAGAGAGCUGAGUAGAUACAAAACUUGCAGUUCUAUUAGUCGAUGAUAAAACCAGUUCAUAUAUAGUUGAAGAAGUCUUGUUCUAUUAGAUCAAACUUACGUCUCAAUUUUAAUGAUUGACGAUCAUACAACAAAAGAUGUAUUUGCUCAUGACAUCCACUGGAAGCUAAUGACUUACAAAUUUAGAUACGCACUCAUACAAAUUAAUCAGAGGAUUACAAAGUUGACAUAUUUGAGGUUGGUGUUGGGGCUUCACAUGGUAUCGGUUUCCAGCCCCUCCCUCCUGCAAGUUUGACUUCGACUACCAGUAGUAAGCUGGUGCGGUGCUGAUUCUGGUGUUACUUGGUAGGUGUUCAUGUGGC